CUUCUUUUUCUCCCUCUGUAGGACUGCAGCCCAUUAAAUGUGACUAACAGUACGGUUGUCCAGAUCAACAGAUCAUCAGAGAUGGCUGGACUGUACACUUGCUUUGUGACCUUCACUUUUGAAGGGCAAAACUACACUUCUGCCCAGACCACACUAAUUAAAACCCACUCCUUAGAUGAUGGAUUUACGCAGCCCACAGUUAUCUUCCCUAAGAAUGAAACACACUCCGUAAAACUUGGUGAAAGUUUUAAGCUCACCUGUAAAGCGUUCAUUGGGAAGGACAACAUAGAGGAAACAAUGAUGUAUUGGUCGAGUGACUCUGAAUCUAUAAAUCUGAACAAUUGCGACAUCACAGAUGGAAAAUCUUAUGAUGCGUAUGUCAGUUAUCUCCAUGGUGACCAACUGAGCUUAUCUUCGACAAUGACCUUUGCCCUGCAUUUCCUUCCUGCGGUCCUGGAGGAUCUUUAUGGUUACAAACUGUUCAUCAGUGGACGUGAUGAAAUUCCUGGAGAAGCGGUGCAGGACGCCAUUGCUGAUAGAAUGAAUCAAUGUAGAAGGCUGAUCAUCGUUCUUACGUCACAGAGCUUUGCAAAGCCUCAGACUGACGCCAAAAAGAGUCUUUUAUCCGAUUGUGAGCUAGCCGUGAUGCAAACAAAUCCUGUGCAAUUAUGGGGCACAUACGAGCAGCGAGUGGGUCUCUAUGAUGCUCUUGUGAAGGAGGGUCUGAAAGUGAUCCUGGUGCAGGUGGACGACGGGGUGGAAGAGUCUCUGCUGCCAGAAUCUCUGCGAUACAUCAGCCGCAACAAAGGCAUCCUGAAAUGGAGGACAAACAGCAGUGAAGAUUCGAGCAGUCACUGUGGUGUCGUUGGGUUGGAAAGACAGGUAGAGCUACGUGUCAUCGACGUAGCAGUGGUAAGAUAAACCGUGUGCCUGAUAGAUGGGUCCCAGUGAUGUUGUGUAUAUAGAGAGGAGAAGUGGCCCAAGCACUGAACCCUGAGGUACCCCAGUAAGUAGUUGAUGUGGCUUGGACACCUCACCUCUCCAGGCUACCUUGAAGGACCUACCUGAGAGAUAGGAGAUGCCCAGUGAAGAGAGGAUGGAGAGUAAGAUCUGAUGGUUGACUGUGUCAAAGGCUGCAAAAAGGUCCAGCAGAAUCAGGACGGAUGAUCUGGAUUCAGCUUUGGCCUGUCUCAGUGACAGACAGCAGGGCAGUCUCGGUGGAGUGUCCACUUUUGAAGCCUGACCGAUUGUCAUCCAGCAGCUUGUUCUGUGAGAGAUGGGCAGAGAUUUGAUUGAAAACUGCCCUUUCAAGUGUUUUUGCUAUGAAUGGGAUGAGAGAGACUGAUCUGUAGUGUUCUACUUGUGUGGGGUUAAGUGCAGGUUUUUUUCAGCAGCGGGGUAAAAUUGUUGUCUUUUAUUAUAUUGUUGUUACCGUGUUAUUGAAGCAAUAAGCUACCAUGGCGAAGGGGUCUCAUUUUCAUGUUGUGCUGCCUAAGAACACAUCCCACCCAUGAUAAAAUCACAGUAACACACUGCCUCCAGUGGCAUAUUGCUUUAUUUUACAUAUGAAAGGGAUUAGAAAUUAAACUUCUCUUUGUUAAGGGGGUCAAUUUUAUGUGCACUUAACCUUAUGAUAACCUGUUUUGCACUUACGAAAAAUGAGCAGGAAGUUUUUGCCCUACUUGUGGCUUUUUAUUUUUAUUUUUUUACUUUGAAACUUUUUGGCAAUCUUGUGUUUGUGUGAGGAUGUAUUAUCUUGCUUCACCACCUACAACACAAGAGGAUGUCAUUAUCUGACUUGCAUGAGUGACUAAGCUAUGAAUGUUUUGCAGUCAUAUUGUAAAUAGGUGUUUUAUGCCAUAGCGGUUACUAUAUCAUGUAUUUUAGCACAGCUGGAACACUAUUGCCCAAUUCAGGACCGUAAUUGCCCGUUUUAUAAUUCUCAAGUAAUGCUGUGUCUUGGGUGGUUAACUAAAGGAAUGAAGUGUAUAUCUGAGACAUAGUGUUGACUACUGCACACUCUUCAAAUAAUAUCACACACAUUAUCUAUUGCUAUACAGGAUAUUUUCCCCCAUGUUCUCUUAUCUGCAUUGUCCUUCCCCAAACACACAGACAACAUACAAAACAUUUUGAGCGAGGUUAAUGAACAGUACUUGAAUUAUGGUCUAGAACGGGUCCACAUUCUAAACUGCGAUAGGGGGAACUUAAGUACAGAUGUAAUCACCCAAAUCAGCCAAAAAUGAAAAUUGUCAUCAUUUACUCACCCUCAUGUUGCUCCAAAUCCUUAGGAAUAUCUUUCUUCCUUAGAACACAGAAGGAGAAACAAACUGUCAAAAGUUAAGACAUUUCUUUUACACAAAAUUGGACAAAAUGCAAAACCACUUGCUGCAGUGUAAUGUCAUGUGACAACAAUGUAGCAUACUACAGUUUAAAAUGUAUAGUGUUGUAUAAUGUUUGUUGCAUAGACUAUUAAAAAAUGUGUAUAUACAGGUACAGUAUAUAUAUCAAAAUAAAUAAAUAAUUAUAUAUAUACAGUAGAGUUGAGGUACUCGAGUCAAUUUUAACGGACUUGGACUUGUCACGGACUCAGAUGCAUUUUUACUCAGACUUGACUCGGAUUCGAGUGUUUAGGACUCCAGCCGAGUCCAUGACAUUUGUGAUGCAAUGAAAAAAAUAA